GUGAUACACACUGUUCACGCGAGAGAUAGAAAAGAAAAGAUAGACAAAAGAACAAUGGUUGAAUUCAGAUGGAUUAAAAUGUUUUUGUAUCUGAUACUGGUGCUUCAGUUUACAGCAUUAACUGUACAACAUCGCCCCUCCUUAAUUGUCCGAGAUGGGGAUAAAAUCACAUUGCCUUGUGAAAAUGUGUUAAAUCACUAUAAAUGUGACAGUACUUCCUGGUUCUUCAGUCGUUUUCCUAGCACAGCAGCACAAGAUCUGGUUAAACGUGGGCAGACUGUUAACACUGUCAAAGCUAAAUCAGACAGACUGAGCGUUACAGUGAACUGUUCUCUGGUUAUAAAGAAGGUCACAGUCGAGGAUGUUGGUCGUUACUUCUGCGAACAGCUCAACAAAUCUGGUCCAAACACUCUUGAUCUGUCUGUUGUUACCAUGACUGAACAUAAGGACAAUCAUAAGGUGACGUUAACCUGCUCUGUGUUGACAUAUCAUCGGUGUGGACACACAGUGAAGUGGCUGUAUGGCGCUAAAGAUGUGGAUAAAGAUAACAAAGACUUAAUGACAUCACAGUCGUACUGCUCGGCCAAUGUGACCUUUACGACUUCUCAUUUUAUUUACACAUCAAAGAAUUAUGAGUUAUUGAAGUGUAACGUGACAGAUGGUUACACUAGAAAAGUGUUUACCUUCAGCCCUCAGUCCUCAGUAGGAGCAAACAAAAGCAACGCACCUGAAAACAACGAUACAACCACAAAGCCACAAGAUUGGUGGUGGUUGUACAUCAUUGUGGCUGUGGGUUUAGCAGUACUCUUUAUAACUGCAGUGACACUCAUUAGAUGGAAGAGAAAUAAAGGGAACAAACCACAGAGGGAUAAAAACACAGCUGAUCCUGAAGAUGGUGUUUCCUACGCCUCCAUCAGCUACACCAGGAAGACCAACAGUAAAGCCCGGGUUCGGGCUGGUGAUGAUGCAGUGACCUACAGCAUUGUGAAAGCUCCCUCCUCUUCUGCUGGAGCCUCUGCUGAUCCCACCCUCUAUGCCACCAUCAACUAACCAAAAAACAAAACACAUUAGUUACAUUUAAUAUCAUUACAUUUAUUUUACAUUGAUAGUUCAUUAGUUAAAGCUUUCUGGUGUGAAAACAAAGUCAGUUUUUAUUCCCAGAGUGAGUUUAGUGUAACUUUAACAAGAAUUCACCAAUUCUUGUGGAGAAAUUGUCUACGCAGUCCAAUUCUUGGAGAUUAUUUUAUUUAAUCCUCAUGUUCUAACUCAGUUACUUUGUGUGCAGUGUUUAUUGUUUCUAAUACAGCUGAACAACUGCAUCCAGCUGUUAUUUUCUAGUAUUAUAAUGUUGUAGUGUUAUUUUUAUCAUAACCAAGCAUUCACCUGUCCUUCGUGUAUUGCUCUAAAAUGCUUUUUGUCCAGAAGACCAGAAGGGGGAGUUGUAAAUUAAGUUACUACCGCAAUGUGAAAGUAAUAGCCCAACAUUCACAUGGCUGUUUGCCAUAUACAGUAAAUAUGAUACAUUUUGCUCAGUGAACUUGCUUAAUAUCAUGUAGUCAUCAUUAGGCUAUUUACAACCACAUUUGGAACUUUUAUUAAAACUCAUAUUCUGUCUCUAUUCUGUGAGGUGUGUGGAUAGAUUGUUGUUUAAAGAAUAAUUCUAUUAUAUUCUACUCUGUUCAAUUAUA